AUGAUGAAGGUGGAAGAGAAAGGCACUGAUUACACACAGGAUGGGACUGUUGAUCUAAAAGGUAGACGUGUCCUUAGAUCAAACACUGGCAAAUGGAAAGCUUGUUAUUUCUUUAUUGGGUAUGAAAUUUUUGAGAGGAUGGCUUACUAUGGGAUUGCAUCAAACUUAGUAAUUUAUUUGACACAGAAACUCCAUGAAGGCACUGUGACAUCUGCAAACAAUGUCACCAACUGGGUUGGUACUGUAUGGUUGACACCCCUUCUGGGUGCUUAUAUUGCUGACACUUUUCUUGGUCGAUACUGGACUUUCAUCAUUGCAUCAGCCAUUUACCUUAUGGGAAUGUUCUUAUUGACGCUAGCAGUUUCAUUGCCAGCACUAAAGCCUCCGUCUUGUGGGCACCGAGUGAAGGAGGUGGAUUGCGAUAGACACGCCUCAACAUUUCAAGUCGGCGUCUUCUACUGUGCAUUGUACAUAAUUGCUAUUGGAACUGGUGGAACAAAGCCCAAUAUCUCCACAAUGGGAGCAGACCAAUUUGAUGAUUUUGAGCCUAAAGAAAGGUUCCAAAAGCUCUCAUUCUUCAACUGGUGGAUGUUUAGCGUCUUCAUUGGAACCCUUUUCUCCAACACUUUCCUUAUCUAUAUUCAAGACAACGUGGGUUGGGAAAUUGGCUAUGGCCUCCCAAUGCUUGGGCUCGCAGUAUCGAUUCUUGUCUUCAUUGUGGGUACACGUUAUUAUAGACACAAGCCGCCAUCUGAUAGCCCAUUGAAUCGAAUGGCUAGGGUGCUCGUAGCCACCGUAAGGAAGUGGAAGGUAGUCGUCCCUAACGAACCAAAGGAGCUUUAUGAGCUGAGCUUAGAAGAGUAUUCCAGUCUUGGCAUGUUUAGAAUUGACCACACCCCAUCUCUCAGCCUCCUAGAUAAAGCAGCAGUCAAAAUCGGGCAAAAUUCACCAUGGAUGUUAUGUCCAGUGACACAAGUUGAACAAACCAAACAAAUGAUAACAAUGAUUCCAAUUCUGCUUGCAACUUUCAUACCUGCUACAAUGCUCGCACAGACACACACACUAUUUAUCAAGCAAGGCACAACUUUGGAAAGAAGUAUUGGUCCCCAUUUCAAAGUUCCUCCAGGAUGUCUCUCAGCAUUUGUGACUAUUUUCAUGUUGACCAGCAUUGUACUAUAUGACCGGUUUUUUGUUCCCUUUGUACGAAGAUACACCAAGAAUCCUAGAGGGAUCACCAUGUUGCAGAGGUUUGGGAUAGGCCUCGUGCUGCAUGUCAUAAUCAUGGUAACUGCUUGUUUAGCAGAAAGAAGGCGUCUAAGGGUUGCUAAAGAGCAUGGAAUCUUCGAGAAAAAUGAAAUUGUGCCUCUUUCGAUCUUCAUUCUUCUCCCACAGUUUGCUCUUAUGGGAGUUGCUGAUAACUUUCUUGAAGUUGCGAAAAUUGAGUUCUUCUAUGAUCAAGCACCUGAAGGCAUGAAAAGCCUCGGAACGGCCUAUUUUACAACCAGUUUUGGUGUUGGAUACUUCUUAAGUAGUUUUCUGCUGAAAACUGUGGCUGACAUUACGAUGAAACACGGCAAAGGAUGGAUUUUGAACAACCUAAACGUCUCUCGUUUGGACUAUUAUUAUGCAUUGUGUGCUGUGCUGAGCUUUCUCAACUUACUUUAUUUUCUGUUAGUUGCAAAGCUCUUUGUUUACAACACAGAACUGAGUAAUACCGAAAGGGAGUUGCAUGAAGCAAUUGAGGCUCGACUGAACAAGUCUACACGAACUGAGGAAAUACCGUUGGAUGAUAAGGCAAGCUCAUAG